AUGACAGGUCUCAACCCGUCCAAGGACACAAUUCUAUCCAUCUCGUGUAUUCUAACCACCUCCGACCUGUUCCCGCUGGACCCGGAAGGUUUCAACGCCGUCAUAUACCACACGCCGGAGGAACUGGCGCAGAUGUCUGAGUGGUGCAUCAAGACGCACGGCGACUCGGGACUCACACAAGAAUGCCUCUCGUCGUCAAUCACGGCGAAUGUCGCAUCCACAAAGCUCCUCAGCUACAUCAAGCACUACAUCCCCGAACCGCGCCGUGCACUACUUGCGGGGAACAGUAUCCACGCGGACCGAGCCUUUCUGAUGGUGCCACCCUGGGACAUCAUCCUAGAGCAUCUUCAUUACCGCCUGUUCGACGUUUCAGCAAUGAAGGAGAUGGUGAGACGUUGGGCCAGCGACCAGGUGUUGAUGGCAGCUCCGAGGAAAGAACUCCGCCAUACCGCCCGAGAGGAUGUCCUGGAAAGCAUCCAGGAGGCCCAGUUCUACAAAGCCUUGAUUGAGCGCAUGGCUCCGGUCCCAUUCGGGCUGUCCGCUGCAGCGGCGGGUGAUGGUGAUGGCGCGGACGCUAAUGGGAGGACGAUCGUGCCACCACCAUCUGCAGCGUCGAUGCCCAGCUGUUCUCCCCAACCGAUGAUGUUGGGAGGAUUAGGAACAAAGCAUGGGCAAGGUCAAGGUCAACAAGAAGCACCCGGUACGCUGCGGCGGAAUAAUGGUACGAGAACGGGGGAUGUGGGAACACUUGAUCCGGGAUUCCGUACCGAUAUACCAUGA